AGACCGAAUAUGCGGCUACAAAUUAAAAGCUGGAUUUUUUUAUCGUGAAGAUGGUAUCAAUCUCUUUGAAGUGCAGUCUACAUAUUUGAAAGACAGACAGACAGAUAUGACAGGUAAAACAGGGCACAAGGUGGUAGUUGAUAUCAAUCUUACAUCUGUUGACAUCAAAGAAGAUGAUGAUAAAAUGACAGAUGAUGACAAUAUGACGUCUGAAAAUGAGGAAGAGUUGCCAGGGGAAAUGGACACAUUUUCAAAUAGUGGAAAGAAGAGGUGCAGAAAACAGUCCAAGGUUGAACUUGCCGACCGCCCUGUGAGGGAAAGAAAGAAAAAGCAACAGUUUCAUUGGUCAAACCUGGGAUGGAAUCAUAGAGAAAAACAAAAGUUGCUUGAAGCUCUUAAGAAGUACCCGCCAUCAGCUAUAGACCAGAUUCAAGCAAUGGUUUCAUCCAAGACAAAAACACAGAUAAAAGAUUACUUGAACAAGAUUAACAAAUCUAUUAAUUGGAAAAGUGAUGAUCCUAUGCCAAUAGUGGACUGGACCAAUAUGGCGCGUGAUCUGGUGAGGACAGAAAAGAGAGAUUACACAGACAGCUUAUCGAGGACUAUGUCUAUUAUAAGUAACUUUGAGGAUCAUCCUAAACCUGCUGAGAGAGUACCAGACUACAAGACUAUCUAUCGUUACCUGGCCCAGGUCCUCGAUGGAAAAGAACUGCCCUUAUUGGGGCCGCUAGAGAGUGCUGUUAUGCUGGACUUACUCCAUGGUGUGAUAAAUAAGAUUGAGAAGUCGGAGACAACCAGACAGCGACAGGUGAUGAAAUGGAAAUACCAGCUUCUCUCGGGCAAGGUCGACACGACAAAGCUCCACCUGUUCAUUAAAAAGGCUCGCAAGGCUCUCUCUAAUGAUUUUUCAGAUUUUGAAGAUGAAAAAAUGACUUUUAAGCAAGAACCAGGAACCCAAAGUUCAGAGACAAGGCAAAGUAAUACACAGCCUGGUCAGCAACAGUCAGCAGUACCAGCAGGUAGAAAGACCACAGCAACAGCUACGUCUGCUCAAUCCUCUACUGCAGUUGAUUCUAGGAAAAGAUUAACAAUAAACGAAACCACUGUUAUAUCAAACAGCAUGGAUAAACUAAACAGCCCCGUACCUUCUGGUUCUAAAGGUCCACUCAAAGUACGACGUAAAUCUAGCAAGUUAAGCAUCAGACCAGAGACUGAUAUGAAUGUAAGUAAAAACCGACCGGUCAAUGUUGAUGAGACUGAAGGAGAAUGUGUGAGUAGUGAUAAGAACAAGAAUACGACAAGGAGAGGAAUCAUGGAAAGCAAACCACAAAAGAGACAAGGUGGGGAUAAUGGCAAGACUCUUGGACCAGAAGAGGAAGGUAUCACAAAGUGUCCUCCGACUAAACGUCGGAGACGUAGUAAUGUCGAUAUCGAAACGCAGCCUCAUCCAGAUUCAGAAGUAGUUAAACUUGGCACUGGUGGUGACUUGGAGCAGAGGAAAAUGUCGUUCAGUACUGAUGGACAAAACAAAACAGCAACCACUAGUGAAAAGAAUCAAACUUUAUCAACAAAUCAAAACAAAUCAGAGGACCAAACAAGUAACCAGUCAAAAGGCCCAUCCCGUGAGAAAAAACAGAGAGGUGUGGGACGACCACCUAAGGGCAUUUAUAAGGUACAGGAGGAUAGAGUGGAACUGUUAAAAGCCAGUGAACAGAUGUAUGGGAGGAGAUCCGGUAGACCAGUGGGAACAAGAAAAGUUAUCCCAGAAAGACCAGAAAAGGUUCCUGAGGACCCUACUGAGAUUCCCAAGAAACCUUCACUUUAUACUUUAAAUCCCUUCUGUGUUCCCGUUAGUCUUUUGCCUCUCCGUAAUAAACCUGUAUCAAAGCAUGUCACCACUGCGCAAAACCAGGUACUUCUUCCAGCCAUUGUUAGUAAGAAACACGGUCCAUUGUUCAAUAAGCAGAGAAAUGAAGGAAUAACUUCGGUCAGUAUACACAGAAUGGCAGCCAUUAUACCAGUCUCUAAACAGCAUGUUCUUCUUCCAAACUCUGCUUCACAAAAAUCUCAGACAUAGGCUAAGUUAGGGUGUCAUGGACUUUUUCUGUGUACUAUUAGGGUGGGUUAUGAUCUCUAUGCUGGAUGGAGAUUAAUUGAUAUUGAAGAAAAAUACCCAAAAUUUGCAAUUUAUUCCUUAAUAUCAUUUCCCUAUUUUACUACUAAAGUUCUUCCCAAAAUGAGGCAUAAAGGCCCCGUCCUGUUCCGAUGAAAAAAGCCCUUUGUGAUCAGGCUUCAGUUUCUUCAAUAUUACUUAAAGAAACUCCUUCGCAUUAAAUUUUCUAUAGGAAAGCAAUACAGAAUUUACCGCAUUCCUUAAGUAAGAUUUUUUCCUUAAAUCUGAUAAUGCUUUUAGAUGGAAAAUUUAACUCAAGAAUAUUUUCAUGUUGAGGAGUUUCCUGAAGUUAAGGAAUGUUGAUGGAAUCAGAGCCAGAAUCUAGGAUAAAAUCUAUCAUUGCUAACAUUUUGGUAUUGCACUGAGAACGAUUGUGUCCCAAAUUUAAAGUCUUAGAAAAGUAUAUUUAAUUACCUCUUUUUGAAAAAAUUCUUCCUUCAAAGAGCAUAGUUGAAGCUGUGCUUUUCAUUUGAUUAAUUUGAGUUAUGAAAUUGGCAAGUGUGAAUACAUUUUUCAAGAUGCUUCAUUUUGUCGCCUUUAAAAGCAGUAAUGUUUCAACUAGAGACAUUUUUUUUUUUUUUUUCAAAACAUUAUUUCAUUUGUUUUCGCAAGAUUAGAUAUACAGAAAAAAACAUUUUUAUAACAAUGUACAAACAAAGCACAUUUGAUGUGGAGGACAGGUCAUGAGACUUUUGAAACAUGAUUUUUUUAAAUCUGCAUAAAUUUCUUAACUUUUCAACAUUUUUCGUGUUCAUUAUUUCUGAAAAUUUAAUAACAUUAUAAUUAUUAUUGAGAGUUAUAAGUUGUUUUCAAUGUAAUAAAAUGUGAUAAAUGUAAAAAAAAUCAUUUGUUUUUUGUCCACAUGUGUAAAAAACUUCUUUAAGGUACAAUAUAUAUAUUGCAUGAUAAUGUACUUAACUCCGACCAGCUGAAGUGAAUUACCGGCAGCAUAUAAAUGAUAUUGAUCAUUACAAAUUUUACAACAAUGUACUUUUUUUUGUCUGCCGUUCAUUAUUUCUCAUAAUCAAACCCAUACAGACAUGGAAAGUUCUUGAAUUUCAGCCCUUGCCUGGAAAAGUUGCGAAAUUUGUUGUCAUACAUUUUGUCUUUGAAAAUCUUGGAAUUUUAAGUUAUUAGUGCCUGGAAUUUAUAUAAUUGAUGUUGAAAUAAACUAAGGACACAAAAUCAAAUCUUUUUGAAUGUUGCAACAACAUGAGAUAUAACCCUUAUCUUUGUUGUAAUUGCUAUGUACGCUGAUUCUUGUUUGUACUAUUACAACAUGGUUACUUUAAAAUAAGACUAUGUUUUUGUACUAUGGUUUAUAAUUGUCGUUUAACACUCUCCUAAAAUCUCGAAUAGUCCUUGAGUACAGAGACCUAUAUACUAUUAGUAUAUAUGUCUCUG